GGCAGCAGAGGCAGCAGCUGCAGCAGCAGCAGCGCACGCCGCGCUCCGGGGGGGAGGGGGAGGGGGACGAGGACGGGACUCGCCAGUGCAAUAUGACUUUGGAGGAAUUCGCGGCCGGAGAACAGAAACCUGAAGGGAUGGACAAGGUCGGGGACGCCCUGGAGGAGGUUCUCAGCAAAGCCCUGAGUCAGCGAAGUAUCACGGUCGGGGUCUACGAGGCUGCCAAACUUCUCAACGUGGACCCGGACAACGUGGUGCUGUGCCUGCUGGCCGCGGACGAGGACGAUGACCGGGACGUGGCCCUGCAGAUCCACUUCACCCUCAUCCAGGCCUUCUGCUGCGAGAAUGACAUCAACAUCCUGCGGGUCAGCAACCCCGGGCGCCUGGCGGAGCUGCUGCUGCUGGGGACAGGUGGUCCGGCUAGCGCCGCCGCGGCCGCCGCCGCCGCCGAACAGCCCCCCGACCUGCACUGCGUCCUGGUCACGAACCCGCACUCGUCCCAGUGGAAGGAUCCAGCCUUGAGCCAGCUGAUCUGCUUCUGCCGGGAGAGCCGCUACAUGGACCAGUGGGUCCCGGUGAUCAACCUCCCCGAGCGGUGAGGGCGGCCCCCCAGGACCCGAGCCCAGCCGUCCGGAAGUUUUGAAUCUCUUUCUAGUUACUCCAGCCCUCCCCACACUGCCACGGAUUACCGACAUUGUUAAGGCCUGGGGCUGCGAGCCCCCCACCCACCCGGGCGGGCCGCACGCUGCUGACUUUGCCGAAGGCAGGAGAAGAGGGCGAAGGCCCGAGCUGUUUGGACACCCACUGAGUAGGCUGAAGGAAGCCAAGCCUUUCUUUUGGCCCAGAACCUGCGGGAGGGGAAGCGGCUGCACUUAGUUGGCGGAGGGGCCCGGCUGCAGCCUCGAGGCUGUGGCGAGGCCCGCGCGGAUUUCUGGGUUUCUGGGCCCUUCCAUCCCCCGCCCUCCUUUCCUCUCUCUCCAGGGCUGUUUCACUGAGUUGUACUAAGUUAUUUGUGACAAAGCCAGGGGUUAUUUAUGCUCAUUUGGGGAUACCUGCAAUAAACUAUUGAGGGCC